GAUAUCAAUUUAUAUAACAUAAAUAACCCAUUUUCACAACCUUUAACCUCUCCAAAACGCACAGCACGACUCCAAAACCGCACAACUCUCACCCAAACACCGGAAACCUAUUCGCGCGAAUCUUCCCCUUCUUCGCUCGUAAUGGCUCGACGGUUCACCGACAAACGCCUAGUUCAUCUCCUUAGAAUCUGACUACAUCUUUAUGGAUGAUAUAUUCAUUUGCAAGUUUGACACAAAUCGCAAUAUUGUUCACUAGCUGAAGAAUCAUCGUGUCGAGAAUAUGUCUACAAUUCUUUGGAGAGUAUACCGAGUGAUCAUCAAGAUCAAAAUGACUAGGCAGAGUGGUCAUGACAGAAGAAGCGCAAAACAAUUUUCCCGAAACCCACAUGAUUCUCGAGACGCGCCGAACAGGAGGAUUGGUUACAUAAAAAUUAGGAAGUGUUAUGAUGGUGUAUCGCGGAUGUGCUAAUUCUUUAUUUUGGCAAAGAUUCAUCUUGCUGUCCAUUUGAAGGAGGAAAUGGAGAUAUAGUGAAACCUGUGAAUCCAUGGUGAUUUCGACGACGGUGAUGGUGGUGACAGACGAGAGGUGGGAAUCCUUUGACUCAUUUAGUUUCCCUCAAACAUUUCCACAAAGGAUUUGUUACAAGUAGUGCUUCUUUUGUUAUUACCGAUGAUUUGAUCGUCAUGCCAAACUCCAAGCAUGUUACAAGCUUUGGUUUACUUCAAAACUGUGGAAUAAAAACCACAAGUUCCUUAAAGGAAAUGACGUUUGAAGUCACUAAGGAAAAGGUGCUGGAUCUUUUGAGGUGCGCUUUGAUUUCCAAGUCACCUUUAACAGAUACGUUUUUGCGAAAUGAACCAUCCGUUGAAGAGUCGUCAAAGAUUUUGAACUAUGAUGCUGAAGAUAAUGCUGAUAUCCAGAUAAGUGUAAAGCUAGUUAUAAGAAAAUCAGAUGGCAAGGUAUUGUAUGCUCAAGGGGAAGAAGAUUUUGUUGAUAUGCUAUUAACUUUUCUCCCAUUUCCCUUGGGAGGAGUUGUAAGUAAGAUAAGAGAAAAUUGUUCUUUGGGAAGUAUUGAUAAAUUGUACAAGAGCAUUGUUGUUUUAGAAGAAAACAAGUAUUUUAAGUCAACAAAAGCCAAGAAAAGGCUUGUUGAUCCUCAAGUUGCAUCGCAAUUCAAACUAAGCAAUAAGAUAUUACCUCUUCAGCCGGAUAUGGAGUAUUAUUGUUAUUAUGAUGGCAAAAGUUUCAAAGACAGUAUUAUUGAUAAUCAAUUUUUCAUAAGUGAUGAAUAUAGGAAAGAUGAGAAAAACUGUAAAAAUAUGUUUCUACUCGAUAAUCUCAAAGCAUGGAGAGGAAGCCGAGAAGGUUAUGUGAAGGAAUUGAAAAUGUAUGUGGCUACCGAUGACUUGAUCGUUGCACAAUCGUCUCCGAUUUCAUCUUUAAAUUUAAUUGACAGUUCGGAAACUUCUUUUGAUGACUUGAAGGAAGAGGUUGUCACCAUUGGCCUUAAGGAGUGUCUUAGCAUAUUGAUGGCUGCAUUGACUUCUACAUCUGCUCUAACAAAUGGUUUAGCUCACUUGUUAACUGAAGUUAAGGAGGAGAAAUAAGAAUUAAUUUUACUUCUAACAGACAACAUUUUCAGGAAUACUAUUUUGUGGUUGUUUCAUUUUUUCAGGUGGUUUUAACAAAAUAAGGGAGGUUUCUCAAAGGUUUUAAGUGUGUGGUUUUGCCUUUGUAAUUCAAAAAAUUCUCUUGUGCCUUUACAAGACGUAGGUCACUGACAGACACGACCUUGAGAGUUCUCACAUUUCUUUUUUGUCAAAAUUUUGAAAUUUCAAAUCUUGGCAUUAUUAUCUUUGACUAUAGCAUCACACAUGAACUUUGGAUCUUGUAUUUUGAUGAGACUUGAGAUGUUUUCAAAUUGAUUACCAUCAUCGAAGAAUUGAGAGACCAAAUCACAGAAGAACCUUGAAAUAAAAGUCUUCACUUAAACAUCGUUGGAUUGCAAAGGCAUCAAAAGUGCACAGGAAAUGCUUCUAAGUUCAAAUAAUGGAGCAUGAGAGCUGGAUCAAGGAAAUUACAAUAUAUACAUUGUACUAAAGAAAUACCAUGUAGUUGGCAUUUCCUACUCUUUUACUAUUCCUUUUAUCAAGUUUCUUUAUGUACUCCUUUCUUGAUAUGUUGGGAUAUAAGAGCAUGAAGACUAGCAAGAUAUGUGAGAUUCAGUUUCCCCCAUUUUGUUGCAGAGAUGUAUAUUGUUACUGAUUUUGGUUUUGUUUGAAUCAACAAAUCUUUUGGUUAA